UUGGUCCGCUAUUUACAAGCCUGCUCAGCAUCAGAGGAGACACGUUAUCAGAGCUUCCCCCGUGUGCGUGCCCUUCAUCAGCGCUCAUGAAUGAAUAUAGAAAACAGGAAUAGAAAACACGAAAAACUCAUCACUUUUUCUCUCCCUUUUUAUUCCGUCUGGAAGCUAUGGGAAAGCUAACACGUCUCUGGCUAUUGUCACGCGUAUUGGACUCUGAGUGUCACGGAGAAGUGUCUAUAACCCCAUACAAAUGGUGGCUGUCGUUAUGACUGGCAGGGAUCCUACAUCUGUCGCUAUGUGAGGAUUGAAGUACAUAACAGUCGUGGGUGGAAACGUACCGGGUUCGCCUGUUAUAACUGUGUGUACCAACAAUGGAAAUCAUGUAGUAUUGUUGUCGUUGAGACCUUUGAGGAUGACAUACGUUCAACAAUAGGAAAACGUGAAAACGGAAUUGAAAAUUGAACAAAUUUUCAAUAUAUAUAAUCUGUGUACUAUCAAAACACUAUCUAAUUAACGGAAAGUGGAUUUAAUUUAUCUGACAAUUAGUUCUUGGAUGAAAGUUGUGGAAUUUGUAACCGUUCAGUAAGGAGUUGAAAAUAAGUUCAGUGAAAAACGGAUCCAAACAUAUGGAUACCCUAUUUCCGUGGGAGCUUUAAGUGACGCUCUGAAAAGCGUUUCUGGCAAACAUGUGAGUAGCUUAUGAAUUUGAUUAUCAAAAGAAUUAAUUUCAUCUGAAGAUAUAUUUUUUUCUUCUAAAUAUCAAUUUCAAAAUUUCAUUAACAAGGUCGAUCCAUUUAGAGAACAAAAUUAACGUCGUCGCUUGGUGAAAUGACGCUCUUAUGGAAAGUGUGAUCAUGUGCAAAAUACAAAUGGCCAUUUCCAAUCACGUAAUAUUGCGAAGCGGUGGAGCGCUGCCAGUCGUGGGAGGAAUGCAUAGUGUCUUGUUCUGAACUGCUUGUAAACGAAAUACACAAAUGUCAUGCAAAGCUGUUGCUGCUUUUAGAUCAAUCUGUUGUCGAACAUUCUAAAAAUAUGGAAUGACAAGUGUGUCUUUUUAUUGACAUUAUUAGAAGAUGUGCUAAGUUGUCGUAAAUGGUUUCUGUCAAUAGCAAUUCUUCAGCAAAGCUAAUCAUAUGACGCCUGGAAUGGUGUGGAAUUAAUGGGAAGUUCUAGUGUUUUGUCAACUUAUAGGACUUUAAUUUUCCUAUCUAGAGAAAAGAAACUUUGAAAUGGCAAAGGAGAAAAUCGUAACCUAAUAAGAGAUCCUUAUAAAACUUUUGGGUGUUGUAAAUGUCAUGGUGUUGAAACUGUGAAUGUUUUAUCUACGUGAAAACAAGAACACAUUUUGUGCAUGUUAUCCAUCACGUUUUUAAUGUGGAUUAACUAAUGAUUUUGGGAACUGUAUUUUAAAGAAUCUUAACACCCUUGCCAAGUCAGUUUAGGGGAUAACACCUACAUUCCUCGGUGAUGAAUUCCUCCGUAAUAUACGCUGUGAACUCGACGAUUACCGGACUGACUCGUGAGGAAUCUGUCAGAUCGUACAAAGCCCUGGUCCAUCGGUCAUCAUCCGGGUCCUCCGUCACACUUAAUGAGGAAGGUGGCAUGAGAAAUGAAACAAUUAUAAAGGUUGUCGCCCUUUCCAUCAUUAUUGUGAUGGGAAUAUUUGGUAACGUCAUGGUCAUCUACUCUAUCGUGAGCAACAAACGAUUUCACAAGCCUCCGUUUUAUUAUCUAAUCAGUCAGUCAAUCUCGGAUCUGUCCAGGGCUGUGUUUUGUUUGCCGUUUGUUUUGGCAUCGGUCGCACAAGGAUCAGUGUGGCGUCACGGUGAUUCUGCCUGUACCCUUUUAGCUUUUGCAAACACGUUUUUCGUAUUUAGUUCAGCAGUUUCGUUAAUGGCUAUCGUCGUCGACAGACAUUUAGCCAUAGUGUAUUCCCAUUUCCAUAGAAGAAGAUCCCAAGGAUUACUUAACUUGGCCAUUGUGAUACUAGGUUGGUUGGUGUCCUUUGCUGUAUCUUUCCCCCCUGUGUUCGGAAUGGGUACUUAUCGAUACAUUCCGGAAGAAUCACAGUGUGCUUUCAAACACAAGCGUUACAGAAAGAACGAUACAUUAGGAUUCGUUCUGGUCUUCUCUGGAGUCAUCAUAACAACACUAUUUUUGUACGUAAGGAUAUUUAUAUUCCUUCGGGAUCACAGAAAGAUGCGUCCGCUCUUCCGUGAACCACCUCGAAGCAACAACUGGACAUUUUUUGGACCGGGAGCGAAUGCACAGGUUGUGAUUAACUGGCUGAACGGAAUGCCGAUGGGACCACCAGCUCAAAUGCCUACAAUCACCCAGAACCUAAGCCAAACCACAGGACGUGUUGUGAAUUUACGCACGAGAAAAAACGAGCAUCUGUGUCGAACGUUUUUUAUUGUAACAGUUACCAUGUAUUCGCUAUGGAUACCGUACCUAAUGCAAGCCUAUAUCAGUAUCUUUGGUAAGGAGAGAUCUCUGUCUUCAAUAUUUAUCACUGUUUCAGCAUGGCUGACAUAUUCUCAAGUUGGUAUAAGCCCUUUUGUUUACAUUUUCACUAAUAAUUCUUUUAGGCGGAAGCGUGAUACAAAAUCCGCAAACAAUCCCCAUUACGGUCAUGAAGCGAUCCCUCUGGAAUAAGACUUAUAAGCAUUACUAAAGAAACAUUGUGAAGACUACUUAUUAAAAAAACAAUGCUAGUUAUAGCACUGACUAACGUCAUUUUGCUGUGUUCCGGAAAACAAUAAUUGCCAAUGAUCGGUUCGAUAGGCCAAACUGUGUUAGCCGUUAGUUAUUGUCAGAGCUUUAUUGAAUCCGACCAAUUUGUGUCAAAACAGUUAGUUAUACUCAUAUGUCAUGACAGAAAAUUAGGAUAGAACAAUCCACUUUACGGUUUGGGGAGUUACCGAUCAAUUUAUACAACGAAACGAUAACGCGUGUGUCAUGACUCUGUAUCACAUGGAAGCUUGUAAUAAGAUAAACUGCGUCUCACAAACUCUUGCACGACAAUAAAAUUUUAU